ACAUUUAACUGUCAUUGUUGUCUAACUUUAAUGAAAAAUAAGUAAAUGUUGGGAUGUUGCAUUAUAUUACAAUACGUAAUUAGUUUUCUUUCUUGGUACGAUUAUUUUCGAAUAGGAAAAAGUCUUUUAUAGAUACCACAUUGGCCAAAGUUCAUAAAAUAUCAAUGCAAAUAUAAAGUACACAAUACACCACAAACAAGAUGAAUAUUGAAAAUCCUAUUGGAGAUGGAACAAAGAAUGAGAAUACUGUUCCAUUUUCACCUAAUCAUAGAUUUUUGGAGCCCGAAAAGGCUGUCAAAUCAAUCACUGAUAUGACAAUAUGGGAGAAGUCUGAAGCGUACAUGGAGUACACAGGUUUUAUUGCCACAUUAAAUGAAGCAAUUAAAGGGAAACCACUAUCUGUUGAUUGUAAAGUGUCACCUAAUUUAUUAAAAAUUAUGGACAUGUUGGAUAAAAUUGAUAAGUUGAUAGAGAAUUGUCCCCCUGUUGAACAACCGCAAAGAUUUGGAAAUACUGCCUUUAGAGAAUGGCUUACACAAGUGAAGAGCAAUUCAACAGUAUAUCUUCAAGAAGCUCUGGACCAAAGCCUUUAUCUGACAAUACCGGAAAUUAAAGCAUACCUAGAGGAAAGCUUUGGUAACGCCACCCGCAUUGAUUAUGGGACUGGACAUGAAAUGUCAUUUAUAAUGUUUCUUUGCUGUCUUUACAAAAUCGGUUGUCUCCUUCCAGAAGAUAAUGUAGCAACUGUGUUCAUGUUAUUUAAUAAAUAUCUUAAUAUAGCAAGGAAACUUCAGAAGACAUAUAGAAUGGAGCCAGCAGGAAGCCAUGGUGUGUGGAGUCUUGAUGAUUACCAGUUUGUGCCGUUUAUCUGGGGUAGUUCACAGCUUGUUGAUCAGCCUAGAAUAUAUCCACCAGCAAAGUUCUUAGAAGAUGAUAUAGUGGAUAAAUUUUCAGAUGAGUAUAUGUUCUUAUCAUGCAUCAAGUAUAUAAAAGAUGUGAAGACAGGUCCGUUUGCGGAGCAUUCUAACCAGUUGUGGAGCAUCAGUGCCGUUGGUUCGUGGUCAAAAAUUAAUCAAGGUCUCAUUAAAAUGUAUAAAAAAGAAGUUCUGUCCAAAUUUCCCGUUAUCCAGCAUGUAUUGUUUGGAUCACUUCUUCCAAUACGUAGAUUUCAAAUGCAUCACUAGAUUUCGUUGUAAUUUGUAAUCUUACCUUUUAGUUAUUGUUUAAAAUAGCUUUGUGUCUUAUUAAAACCAGUAUUAAGUUUGAAGAAAAUAUUUAUUUGAGUAAAAAUACUAUUUUAAAUGUGAUAUUAACAUAUGUAAAUUAUUGUUUGACAUUAACUAUAUGUACUGAAUUGUUAUUUGCAAAAUUUGUGCAAAAUCAAAAAAGAAAAAUUAAUUGGUAUAUUUCCAAUAAUUAGAUGAACAAAUUGGUUAAAUAAAUAAUAUUUUCAAAUAUCUAAGAUCAGCAUUAACAUUUGUGUAUACAUACUUUAUAUGGCCCUCCUGUAUGUAUGUAAUGAUUAUGGUUUUAGAGACUUAUUCCUUAUUACUGUUCUACACUAGUUGAACAAUUACAAGCAAUAAGCUUCCCUGUGCAUUGCAAUAAUACAUUUUAUUAAGAAAACAAUGUUUUUUUAUUUGAUUAUUCAGACUCACUAUAAAUUAAGUUGGAAAUAUUUUUUGUUAUUAGGUACUAAAACAAAUGAAUGCAUGUUCCAAUUUAAUUAAACCAUAAAUAAGUUUUUAUAUUACAUUUUGUAUAUAAAAAAUAUUGUAAGACUAAUUUUUGGCAGUAACUCCCAUAUUUGACCAAUUUAAUAAUUUACAAAUUCUUUACUACCCUCACAAAUGCUAUAAAAAUGAAUUUGUAUAACAUCACCAGUAAUAAACAUUAUUAUUAUGUUGGCUUUUUAACUAUUUUUGAUAUAGUGUGUAUUCUUAAAAGUUAUUUGUUAAUCUGCGCUAUUUAUCAUAUCAUCUUGUUAGGAAAAUAUUAGGAAACGGAAGUAAUAGGGGGGGAGGGGGGUAGUUUAUAAAAUAUAUGACUCGGGCUCAGUCGCAGUCUCGGCGCUCAGUCGCCAACAAGCUCAGUGUUUUACUAGUCGUCAUAACGGAACGUUCGAUAUAUUUGCGUUGUCACAUUGGAGUUCAGUUUGUGUGUUUUAAAGUAAUU